UAUUAGGAAGCGGUGGAAUCGGGUAAUUAGAGUUUACUUUUAAAUCAGAUAAACAAUAUGGCGGAGUAUCUAGCAUCGAUUUUUGGCACAGAAAAGGAUAAAGUAAAUUGUUCAUUUUACUUUAAAAUUGGAGCCUGUCGUCAUGGUGACCGAUGCUCUCGUUUACAUAACAGACCUACCUUCAGUCAGACAAUCCUACUUCAAAAUCUCUACUUAAAUCCACAAAAUGCUGCCCUAACUGCUGAUGGAUCUCAUAUUAUGUUGGAUGAUGUUCAAGCACAACAAGAGUAUGAUGAGUUUUUUGAGGAAAUUUUUGUUGAAUUGGAAGACAAGUAUGGAGAGAUAGAGGAAAUGAAUGUCUGUGACAAUUUGGGGGACCAUCUUGUUGGUAAUGUCUAUGUUCGUUUCCACAAAGAAGAGGAUGCAGAAAAGGCAGUAGGUGAGCUCAACAACCGCUGGUUCAACCAGAGACCAAUUCACUGUGAGCUUUCUCCAGUCACAGACUUUAGAGAGGCUUGCUGUAGGCAGUAUGAAAUGGGGGAAUGCACAAGAGGUGGGUUUUGUAACUUUAUGCAUCUGAAGCCUAUCUCAAGGGAACUCAGACGAGAGCUGUAUGGCCGUAGUGGCCGCAAGAAGGGCAGAAAAUCACGGUCCAGGUCACCACCUACAAGCAACAGUGGCCGCAGGGAACCUCGUGAGGCCAAGGGCAGCAGAGACAGAGAGGAGCGCAACCCUAAUCGUGAAAAUGGCAGGCCUGAGCGUGACAGAGGUGGUAGAGGAGGUGGCGAUCGAGGUGAUCGGAAUGAUAGGCGUGAUCGCAGACGGUCCAGAUCUAGAGAUCGCCAUGGUAGAUAUUAAUGCAGCGUACGAGAUCAAAGGGAUUAGAGAAAUACAAUAAAAAUGCUCAGUGAAUGCUGAAGUUUUCUAAAGAAAAAAAAAAUUAAAUUUCCUUCUAAAAAUUCAAUGUUAAUAUUAAGGAUAUUCAUUAUUACAUUUGGAAAUUUUACCAUGUAUUAUCACUAGUAUAUAUCUGAAUACCAUUUAAUAGUAGUAUGCUGAUCUGUAAGGACAAUGCUUGAAAACUUUGAAAUGUUUAUGUAAUGCUCGUUAUUCCUGCCACAUGGAUAUUUUUGAUGGAUAAAUGCUUUACUGUCCAUUAUUGUCAGUCCUGUUAUUCAAGGUAAAAAAAAAAAUUUUUUUAUUUUUCAUAAUCAUCUUUUGUAAAUCAAAAUUUCAUUGACUAGGGUCUUAUGUUUUUGUUAAGUACAAAAAAAUAUUUUUAAUGAACUUGAGCUAAACAUUGUUUUUUGUAUGUUUGUAUUUUAUCUUGUUCCUUUUUUGUUCAAUAAAGAUGAUAACAGAA